GUCAUUAAACUCCUUACGCAAGACGGGGGAUUACUAAUGGAUCCGAGCACUAAUGUGGACCAUAUCCUGAGAAAUCUGGGAAAGUUUGGCCGCUUUCAGGCUUUGCAGUUACUGUUAACCUUUGUGACUAUAUGGUCAGCUGCUUUCAGUUUGAUGAGUUCAGUGUUCACAGGAUACAAACCAGAAUUCAAAUGCUCACCACUAGGAAAUGAAUCUUCUAGUAUCGUAACAGCCAAUGUGUCGGAAAAGUUGAUGGUGGUAUAUAAGGAAUGUACAAUUCAUUUGUUCCAGAAUAGCACAAAUAGUACUGAGCAGGGCAAAGAGUUACCCUGUCCAUCUGGCUAUCAGUACAUCGUACCAAAGGAUACCAGUUUUGUCACAGAGUUUGACUUGGUGUGUGGUGACGACAGUUUGGCGGAGGUGUCGCAAAUGUUGACUAUGGCGGGUAUGGGACUUGGUGCCGUACUGUCCUCAAUUAUUUCUGACCGAUAUGGACGGAAAGUCGUUCAAGUAGGAGCACACAUAGCCAUCUUUCUGGCCGGAUUCGGUGUAGCUUUCGCCCCUAACUAUACCGUUUUGAUUGUUUUCAGGUUUAUAUCUGGUGCUCUUCAACAGGCGCUGGCAAUGGUUGGUGCUGUUUUGGCCAUGGAAUGGGUCCCACAAGAAUGCCGCUUUCUGUGUGAAGUGUUCGGUCUGUUAUUUUGGACUACUGGUGUAGUUCUGGUGACACCAAUCGCUUACUUAAUGCGUGACAACACUUGGAGAGACUUCCAACUAGUCUUAACACUGUGCUCUUCAUAUAGCCUGAUUCAAUACUGGAUUCAGGAGGAGUCGAUUAGAUGGUUAUUUAUUAAUGGUAAAACAGAUCAAGCGGAACGAAUACUGCGGAAGGCAGCGAAGUGGAACAAAGUAAAUUUUGAUGAUGUCAUUUCAAAUACUGAAGAAGAAUAUAAGCUAACCAAGACUGAUAUUGAAACUGCUUCAAAGACGUUUACAAGUUACGGAAAGGACGGAAGAAACAGGGCGGGAGCAAGGAACGAAAAUCUCAAUAAAGAAAACGAUUUCAAAGUAGAACACUACACAAUCUUAACGAUAUUCAGGAGCAAAUCUGUGCUAAAGAACUCUAUCAUAAUGUGGUUCACAUGGUUGACCAACAGUUUGACUUACUUCGCGCUGACGCUGACAUCUACAACUUUGGCAGGGAACCGGUUUCUGAACUACUUCUUCAGUGGAGCUGUAGAGUACAUUGCCUGCUUUUUAGAAUACAUCAUGAUGAAGAGAAUAGGUCGACGGUCAAUAAUUGUCAUAUUUAAUGCUGCCUCUGCUUUGGCGUUACUGACUGGAACACUUCUUCACUACUUCGCAGAUGGGGAAUCUGUCAUGAUCACAGCGUCAGUGGUUUUCACACUGGUAGGGAAGGCAGCCAUCACCGGGUCGUUUAGUACUAUUUUCCUGUACACUCCUGAACUCUAUCCCACCAAUCUCAGAAACGUUGGAAUCGGAGUGUCGUCAGCUUUUGCACGCGUUGGUGGCAUGUUGUCCCCUUUUGCGGGAACUUUGGCCAAACAUGUCUCAUGGGCACCAGGAGCUAUCUUUGCCUGUAUGUGUUUUAUAGUUACUAUAUCAGUUUUCAGUUUACCUGAAACACGCGGAGUUGAACUUCCAUCAACAAUGAACGAACUUAAAAUGUGGUAUAAAAUUCAGUCAAAACGCAAGAUAAGAAAGCAAGAUACGUAAUAUAUUUGUUUGUUGUUUUACUCAAAUGGGUAUUUUAAGGAUAGGUCCGUGAUACUGGAUGUAAUUGUGUACCCAUUUCGUUAUAAAAGUUUUUCAGGAGAAGGACUGUGUCAGAUUGGACUUCGAUUAACCGAAUUUC